AGAACAAUUCGUUAAAUGAACCGGAAUGUCUGGGAAGAACUGGUUUUAAAUGAUAUAUUCGAAAAGUGCAUCAGGUUUGCAUUUCAGUGGAGAUCUUCAAGUCAGUCGAGGCAAAAGUGUUUCCAUAUUUGUGCCAUGUUCCACCUUGAGCCGCCCACUCCUGACCAGCAAGUUCUUAUCCGUCAAGCGCUAAACGAAGAUGUAAACACUCGAGAUAAAGACUUGGAAGCUAUUAAAGACUGGCUCAGGAAAGAGCCACAUUUGCCGGAUACAUGGGAUGAUACGAUGCUUAUGAAUUUUCUGCGAAGUUGCAAUUUCUCGUUGGAAAAAACCAAGAGGAGAUUAGACAAAUAUUUCACUGUGAAGGCAGUUGUUCCUGAAUUUUUUACCGAUUAUGAUAUUGCAAGCCCUGAAAUACGGAAAAUUCUCAAUAUGGUAGAAAUCGGUACCAUGCCAGGAAUAACUCCACAAGGCAGACGAGUUCAUAUCGUACGCAUCGCCACCCCCGAGUACGAAGACUUCGACACCAACUGCUGCGGCAAAGUACUUUUCAUGUUAGCCCACAUCUACUUCAAAAUAGAAAAAGAAGCUUCGGCUGGCGAAAUCUACGUUUUAGAUGGGGAGAACUGCAUGCUUAAACACUUCCUUAAAUUCUCGCCCAUUUUCGCGAAAAAAUUUUUGGUGUGUACCCUAGAUGUGCUCCCUGUCAAAAUUAAAGAGGUACAUAUUCUAAAUCCCCCAUUUUUUGUCGACAGUAUCGUAGCGCUUGUAAAGCCGUUCUUGAAAGAAAAAUUUUUUAAAAGAGCACAUUUUCAUAAGGAUUUAAGUACCCUCCAUGAGUAUAUCUCCAAAGAUCUUUUGCCAGAAGAGUACGGAGGUACCGCGGGCAAACUUAAACUGCAUUGGGACAAGUAUUUAGCGGCUUGUGAAGCUUUUAAACCUUGGUUUAAGGAACAGGAGAAGAUUAAAGCAGACGAGUCGAAAAGACCUGGAAAGGCUACAAGUUACGAAGAUUUUUUCGGACUACAUGGGAGUUUCAGAACACUCGCAGUUGACUGACAAGUCUUAAUAAACUAAUUGAGUAAUAUCUUGACCCAUUUUCCCCCUCCACUGAAACGAUGACGUUACACAAAGUUUUUUGAAUCAUAUAAAAUAAACUUGGUGUGUCUUUUUUUAAA